GAUUGGAGCAGCUGUGACGUCACGAGAUCAGAUGAAGAACAACAACAAAACGAGAAAGAGAGAGAGACGUCAUCAAGAGAGAAGGAUUAUGGCUAUAUAUUCGCUGUGUUCUGAUGGAAAGUGAAUUAGCUGGCGUGUUGGUCAAAUGAUUCCCCAAUCACCGUAGUAGGGAAUGAACUUAAUUAAAGCUAUAUCACCUUGAAGGAUAUAGAAAAUUGAAGGAUGGAGAAGAGUGGGAAGAGUUCAGCGUAAGGGUGUGACCAUGGAGGCUGCCAAGGCUUCUCCUGAUGAGCCAGAUGGUGUGAGGUUCACCAGCCAGCAGCAAGUGGUACAGCUGUGGACAUACCAGUAUGCCCUGCGCUUAAGGCAUCUCUCACAGGUGGUGGGCAGGAACUUGCGAGGCCAUGGCACUUAUCCUGCACCAAAUCCUGAUUGUCCCCUUCCUUCAAAAUCCCCACGACCCUUAGCUACCCAUGGGUACUACUAUACAAUUCAUACACCAAAGAACAAAGAUGAAAUCUAUUCUAGUGAACUUCAGAGCACAUGUAAUCCCAACUGGGUAGAAUUACAGCAGGAGAACAUCAGUCCAAUAAAUCUGAGAUCUUUAAAAGGCAUUAUCAUUAAGUUGGUUCAAGCCGGAGACAGAGAAAGAGAAAGCUCAACUGGUGACGUCGUGGUCUUGCCUUAUGACCAUUAA